AUGCGAACUGCGGAGCAAUAUUGGUCGCCACAUACAAGCGAUCAUCUUCCUUUCGAUGCAAAUUUGAUCAGUAUAAUUUAUGAAAAUGAAUUGCUAGAAAAUUUGUUCAUGCAAAAGAAAGUUAUUCUUUUGGAAUUCAGUCAGUAUUUCGAGCAUUAUCUCUGGCCAAAUUUUUGCGCUGAGCAAGCGAACAAUCAUUAUAUCAUGUCAAUCGUUAUUAUGCUGAACGAGAAAUUUCGAGAAAGAAUUCCAGUUUGGCGUAGCAUUAUUGAACGACCAACUCAGUUUCCUGCUUUUUUCAACAAAGUAUUGCACCUUGCAUUGGAAAUAAAAGAAAUUACUUUUUUGGAACGAUCUGCUGUUAUUGCAUUUUUAGUCAACUGCUUUAAUUCAGUAGAGAUUGAUAUUGUUAGGUCAGAGGUGGUUAAAAUUGUUUCACUGUCGAUGUGGUCGAAUUUACUCCCGACUCAAAGGGAAGACCUUUUUCAAGCGAAUCCGAAGUUGCGGAAAAUAUGGAACAAAUUAGAAGCUAAACAAGCUUUACAGUCAGCUGAAGAACAAAAAUCCUUAACUUUUCAGCAAACCUUUAUGUGGAAUUUGUUGCAAAAUUUUAGAAAUACAUUGGCCGAUGUUGAUAAUGAAUCUGAAGGUUAUUUUUCUGUCUUAUCUAUCAAGUUUAUUUGUUUAUUUAGGUUAGAAUCACUCACAUGAUU